AAAUCCCACCCGUCGUGUCUUGUUCUUGUUCAUCCUCUGUUUCCUCUCCCUUUUUUUUUCUAAUUUUUCCUCCUCACUGUUUUUUGCCUUACUUAUUAAAGUCUAAAACUUUGCUUCAAAUUCAACUCAUCUCUCAUCUUAUCUUCCCUUACCAUCAAAAUCUUCAAUCCUUGAUCAAUGGAAGGCGGUUCCGUUAGUGUGUCGGCUUCAACCUUGUCAAAAGAUGAAAACGUCCUCAUCUCUUGUGAGGAUUCUUCUUCUCCGGCAGAGAACGAACUUGAGCUUGGUCUAACGUUGAGCUUAGGUCGAGAACAUAGGGUUUCUUACGCUGAUGAUUCUUCUUCUUCUUCUUCUUUGAGUAGCAGAGCUAGCGUCACUGCUGGGAUCAAUAGAACAGCUGAUUCCAUGGCCGCAACUAGUGGGCAAGUUGUGGGGUGGCCACCAAUAAGGACAUACAGAAUGAACAGUAUGGUUAACCAAGCCAAGUCAUUGGCCAUGGAAGACUCCAACAUCAUUAGAAUUGAUGCAACAAAGAUGAGAAACUCCAUGUUUGUGAAGGUGACUAUGGAUGGUAUUCCCAUUGGAAGGAAAAUCGAUCUGAACGCUCAUAAAUGCUAUGAAUCUUUGUCCAACACUCUUGAAGAUAUGUUUCUGAAACCCAAAACAGAUGGUCACCUGGAAGCAGGGAGAAAGAUACUACCAGAUGGGUCUUCAGGAUUAGUACUAACUUAUGAAGACAAGGAAGGAGAUUGGAUGCUUGUUGGUGAUGUUCCUUGGGGGUUGUUUAUUGGUUCUGUGAAAAGACUCCGGAUAAUGAAAACAUCAGAAGCUACUGGUACAGAAAUGGCUUGUGUUCGUUCGAUAGGUUCUUUAACUUCCGCUACUCAUUCUCCUCUACAUGCUUCACGCAGCUCAGGCAUUGUCAUGUCUUCAUGCUCUGUUCAUCUCAUCACACCCUCCUCCUUCACUGGCUCACCCCUUUCCAUCCCUCGACUCCAACCACAAUCUCCAACAACUCCAAAACCUCGGAGUUGUCUCCUCCCAAUCACAAUGAUGGUCAAACCAGCUCUCCAAUUCAUCCAAGGCACCGAUGAGCUGACGAUCCCUGACGUCAAGCUGACACGGUCAAGGGACGGAUCCAACGGAAUGGCACUCUUCAAUUUUGACCAACCAUCAGUUUUCGACUCGAGCGGUGAGGUCGGUGAGAUAACAGGGUUGUACAUGAUUGAUGAGGAAGGUGUGAUACAGUCCACGGAUGUGAACGCUAGAUUUGUGAACGGGAAACCGGAAGGGAUUGUGGCGAAGCAUGUGAUGAGGACGCCGAAGGAAUGGGAUAGGUUCAUGAGGUUUAUGGAGAGGUAUUCAGACCAGAACGGGUUACAGUUUGUUAAGAAGCAAUGA